CUUGACGGAAGGCGAUCUCGUAAUUCGAUUCAUCGACUAACUGUUGAAAGCCCGCUAGUUCUUCAGCAACUAUGAAGGGAGGAAAGUCCCCUAGAAGGUAAUCAGGAAGGUGAUUAGGAUCAGGAAGCUGUUCAAAGUCGGGAAACGGUUGAGGAACAGCGGGAGGAAGGUCUUCGGGAAACUGUUCAAAAUCAUAAAAUGGUUGAGGAACAGCGGGAGGAAGAAGCUGGUCAAAAUCAAGAAACUGUUGAGGAAAAGCGGGAGGAAGGUCUUCAAGCUGGUCAAAAUCAAGAAACUCUUGAGGAACAGCAGGAGGAAGGUCUUCAAGCUGGUCAAAAUCAAGAAACUCUUGAGGAACAACGGGAGGAAGGUCUUCAGGAAGCUGUUCAGGCUGUUCAGGUGCAGAGCGCGGAGAGGGAAGAGGGACAGAGCCGUUCCCGGGCAUUUUGAAAAUGAGGAAAAAAACUCACUCUACGCUGGCUUAAGAACUUGGCGCCACGCCCCAUAACGGCUUUACAAGAAGGGAGCGCUACGCACCGUUUGGCUUUUCAAGAGAUAACAAGAAGGGAGCGCUGCGCUCCGGCAAGGAAAAAGAGAUUCAUUAUUAUCCAUUCAUUAUCCCACCUCCAGGAAUGGAAUGGCCGAGGAUUCUGACCCUACUUUUUUGCUUGCCGGAGCGACUCUUUCUACUGUUGGUAGUACUGCUCUGCGAGAAAAGGCUGCUAAGGUUGUUCACGAGGCAUCCAAGUAAAGAUCAUUAUCAACGUGGCUCCAUGGAUGUUCGCUGUUGCUGCUAGCUCAAUAGACAGAGACUUCGCCAAUUACGUUGUUCUU